AUGGACUUCAUGACUCAAUACCGAACUUUAGACAUAACUCUUAUCUCCGCUUUAGUAAAAUCCCUUCCAUACGACAGUAAGCAGAAUAUCUAUGCAGUCGUUUCCCUCCGUCGAUUGAACCACGUUUUAUACAAAGAGCGAACACCGCUUGUUAAUCCCAACUCGGAAUGGAACCAUCCCAUGAAGGUCAACAUUGUUGAAACUUCGGCUCAAAAAAACCAACUAACCUUAGUUGUCAAGAUCAAAUCCGUUGGGCUAUUUUGGGACAAGAAACUAGGUCGAGUUAAAAUUCCAAUUAAAGAGCUUUCAAACGGCUGUGCAACAAAACAAGGCAAAACCGAGCAGUUUGAUUUACUACGUUAUGGCGAAGAUCAAGGGCAUGUAAUACUUACUUACGAAUUUGGCGAAAUACAAGUACCAAAAUCGGUUGUUAAUGUUCUUCAACAGCAGCGGCCUGCAUCACACCCACCGUUAAACUUAAAAAUCAAAGUCUUCGCAUAUCCUAAAUACUCAUAUAAUUUUAUUCACCUCCCCGCCAUUUCUCUCUCUCUUUCUCUCUCACACACAAACAUAUACAUAUACAUACAAUAUAUAUAUAUACUUAGCAGGAAAGAUAUAUCCGGCAUGCAUACACCUAACCAGUUUAGUUACCCUCCUUCUUCACCGUCACCAAGUUCAUAUUCUUCUACACACUCAUCGGAAAAGUCAACUGGUCGCCGGAACAGGGUCAAAGUUGCCGCAAAAUCGGUCGCCGGAGUUUUUGUGUCUUGUUUUACUCCGCCGGAAGAUGAAACACAUCAUCAUAGCUCGUCGGCGUUUUGUGGGUCUGAUGCAUUCAGCUCAACUUCAGAGGCUUCUGAUUCUACGGAAGGAAAGAAGAGAGCUGCACCUCGUGGUAUAUACGCAACCCGGAAUGAUUCAACACACAAUAGAGAACCUGGAAGUACAAAGUUCACUAUGGCAGAAAUUCACAAGGCAACAAAGAACUUCUCCCCUGCUCUUAAAGUAGGACAAGGCGGUUUUGGGACCGUGUAUAAAGGUCAGCUUCAAGAUGGAACCCUUGUAGCCGUGAAACGUGCCAAAAAGAGUAUAUACGACAAGAAUCUAGGUCGCGAGUUUCAGAGUGAAGUCCAGACGUUAACAAAGGUCGAGCAUUUGAAUCUCGUGAAAUGUUACGGGUACUUGCAUCAUGGAGAUGAAAGAAUCAUUGUUGUGGAAUACGUUUCUAAUGGAACGCUUCGUGAACAUUUAGAAUGUUUAAACGGAAAUUUUCUUAGUCUUGCCUCUCGUUUAGAUAUCGCUAUAGAUGUAGCACACGCUAUCACUUACCUGCAUACUUAUACAGAUCAUCCUAUCAUACACAGGGAUAUCAAGUCUUCAAAUAUCCUGCUCACUGAAAAACUACGAGCCAAGGUUGCUGACUUUGGUUUUGCACGGCUAGCAGCAGAUGCAGAGUUGGGUCAGACCCAUGUAUCGACUCAGGUUAAAGGGACUGCAGGCUAUUUAGAUCCUGAAUACCUCAGAACGUAUCAACUUACAGAAAAGAGUGACGUUUAUUCAUUUGGUAUAUUGCUUGUUGAGCUAGUAACUGGUCGUAGGCCUAUUGAAGCCAAAAGGGAACUUAGCGAGCGUGUAACUGCUAAAUGGGCAAUGACGAAGUUUGCAGAUGGUCUUGCAAUUUCGGUAUUGGAUCCAAACCUUGAAAAAUCGGAUGCCAAUGGUUUGGCUCUCGAGAAGAUUCUAGAACUGGCUUUACAAUGUGUUGCCUCUCAUCGACAAAACAGACCUACCAUGAGGAGAUGUGCUGAAGUUUUGUGGAACAUCCGAAAGGACUACAAAGAUUUGUUACUUUGACCAUUGUGUUACAUUGUCACUCUUCCUUCAUUACGAGGAGGCGGACAUUCGUGGGUUUGUUAUUUUGAAUUUGUGAGUCCCGUCUUAGAUUCCACCAAAAAAAUGACAAAAGAUGUUAGAAACUUAUGUGAUACAAAUGUUUCUGAAUGUCUAUUUUGUCAAGGCUUGAUUGAGGUACAUACACCAACAAAAUACAAAAAUUGUAAAUUGGAUUUUUAUUUACUGUUUCAACAUAUAUAUUGUGUAGUGUUCUAUGUUAGAGUACAGGCUUUUGUACAUGAAUUCAUGGUCAUUAAAUUUGUAUUGUAUACUGAUUUGCCAAUUUCUUAUUUUAAAUCUAUAUAGUGAUUUACUGGCUCAGAAAA